GACGACAAGUCAACGUUUUUCCAGUUUGGAGCUUCCAUCCAGCAGGAGGCGCUGUUGAUGUUGAGCAUCAUGGAGGAGUACGACUGGCACAUCUUUUCCAUAGUCACCUCCAAGUUCCCCGGAUACCAGGAGUUUAUCAACGUCCUCAAGAGCACCGUGGACAACAGUUUUGUAGGCUGGGACCUGCAGCACAUCAUAACAUUAGAUGCUGUGGAGGAAGACAGUAAGAGUCAAAUCAUGUUGAAAAAGGUCCAAUCCCCGGUGGUUCUGUUGUACUGCUCUAAAGACGAGGGAGUCUUUAUCCUGGAGGAGGCUCGCUCCCUGGGCCUCACCGGGUUCGGAUACAUCUGGAUCGUCUCCAGCCUGACCUCCGGCACCACCGAGACGGUACCCGAGGAGUUCCCCUCGGGCAUGGUGUCCGUCUCCUCCGAGGACUGGGACUACCCUCUGGAGGCGCGGGUGAGGGACGGGCUGGGCAUCAUCACGUCCGCUGCCUCCGCCAUGCUGGAGGAGUACGGAGAAAUACCUGGAGAGAGGACUUCCUGCUACGGGACACAGCCGGAGAAGCCUUCCAAGGUUCCGCCUCUCGCUCUGCACAAGUAA